GCCCCCAGCUUCCAUUUCUGAACUGAAAGGACGCCGCCGCUCCGCGUAGAGUCCUCGCCUUUUUUUAUACACAUUUAAGUAAAUAAACUAGGUUCUCUCUCGUAAAUUAGGACCGUUGCUCAAAGAUAGCGAGUGAAACAGCAGUUCUUUUUCAUCGUGGUAUGCUGUUUGACUGGUGGCUGGAACUGUAGCUAGCAUUUUAUUCCCCAUUUUAACUUUACUAAGCGGCGUUUUCCGCCGUUUUUUUCUUUCCGCCGCCCCGCUCACUCUACCCCCUUGUGCGUGAGUAGGGGCCUGCAACGUUGGUUUGGCCACGAGGCGCGUCGGUACAGUUGUAACAGGGCGAUGGCGGAGUUCGGUAACGGACUGGCGGAGGAAUCUCUACUAGAUUCAGACCCCGGACAUCCCGAGCUGGAAGACCCGGGUGUUGGUGAUGAAGAACCAGGGUUAGAAGAGGGAGAGGCCGCGAUUGAAGACCCGGAGCUGGAGGCAAUCAAAGCCCGUGUGAGAGAGAUGGAGGAAGAGGCAGAGAAGCUGAAGGAGCUCCAGAACGAGGUGGAGAAACAGAUGAAUCUCAGCCCCCCACCAGUCGGCCCUGUCAUCAUGUCCAUCGAGGAAAAGAUGGAAGCAGAUGGCAGAUCUAUUUAUGUUGGAAAUGUCGACUACGGUGCCACGGCAGAAGAGCUCGAGGCUCACUUUCAUGGCUGCGGUUCAGUAAACAGAGUCACCAUCCUAUGUGACAAAUACACAGGGCAUCCCAAAGGGUUUGCCUAUAUUGAGUUUGCAGACAAAGAGUCUGUUAGGACAGCCAUGGCUUUGGACGAGUCCCUUUUCAGGGGAAGGCAGAUAAAGGUGGGUGCUAAGAGAACAAACAGACCCGGCAUCAGCACCACAGACCGCGGCUUUCCACGGGCUCGGUUCCGGUCACGCGGAGGAGGCGGCGGAGGAGGAGGAGGAGGUGGAGGAAGCUUUUCGUCGCGUGCACGCUACUAUAGUGGCUACACACCACCAAGAGGCAGAGGCCGGGCCUUCAGGGGCCGAGGGCGAACAACAUCGUGGUAUUCCCCUUACUAAACACCCCUCCCUCCCCAACACUCCCAUACUAUCAACCCUCUCCCCUCUCUGUUCCCAUUUAAACAAAAAAAACACACACACACACACACACACACACACACAGAAAAGUCCUCCCCUUCCCCAACAAUAAAAGAAGAGAACCCCAGAAGAGAGAAAAAAGACAAAAAAAAAAAAAAACUUCUCCUGGACAGAGAGACUGACUGGCCGCAGUGUGCGAUUGUGUGUGAGCGUGCGUGUGCGGAGGUUGAUGCAGUCACCCCUGGUAAGGUAUCAGUUGGCCAUUGGGGAAAAAAUACAGUGGCAGAAUUCUUUGUUUUUUGUUGGUUUUUGAGGGGAGGGAAGUGUGUGUGUGUGUGGGGGGGGGGGCAUGUGGGGGAAAGAGAAGAUGGUGGUAUCUCAGGCUGCAGAUGUGUCUCCUUUGGUCUGGCUGUGACCUCCUGCUUUCACACCAUCACCAACACAGCCCACCCACUCACCCUCCACCACCACCAAAACAAGAAAAAAAAAAAAAAAAAAAACGUGGGGGGGGGGGGGG